AUUUCAAAGUUAAAGUUUUCCUCACUUUCACAAUGGGAUGGACAAAAUCUGCUCGAGGAAAUUUAUCUUUGCCAAUAAUCACAAUCAUUAUAUGUACAAUAGGUUUCAUUUCUCUCUUCUACAUUGACAAAAUCAGUACUUAUCACUCUGUUCUCAGGUUCAAACCUUGUUCAAAAUGCACCUUUACAAAGUCUAAGAAUUCUCAUACAGAUGUAAAAAGAUUGGAAAACAAUCCUCUAAACGAGUAUGAUCGCUAUGAAUGCAAUCACACUGACGGAAAUUGGGUGUUCAAUACUUCAAUUAAGCCAUUGUAUACGGACAGGACUUGUUCAUAUAUUGACAGGGAAUAUGCUUGUGUUAAGAAUGGCCGAAACGAUUCAGAUUAUCUAUACUGGGAAUGGCAGCCUGAUGACUGUGUCUUGCCAAGAUUUGAUCCUGAGGUUGCCCUCAUAAAACUUCAAGGAAAGAGGCUAAUGUUUGUAGGUGAUUCACUACAGAAAAAUCAAUGGCAAUCUUUUGUGUGCUUGGUGGAAUCUAUAAUCCCAGAAGAUCAGAAGUCGAUGAAAAAAAUAAGUCGUGGGCAUUCUGUCUUUAAAGCCGAGGAAUAUAAUGCCAGCAUUGAGUUCUACUGGGCACCAUUCCUGGUGGAAUCUAACACUGAUUUUCAUAUAAAAUUCAAUCCAAAUCAGAAAAUCGUUAAGGUGGACUCAAUUACACAACGUGCCCAAAAUUGGCUUGGCGUAGAUAUCCUUGUUUUCAAUACUUAUGUUUGGUGGAUGGGCCGACUCAAGAUCAACACACUAUGGGGCGAAUUUCAAAAUGGAGAAGAAGGCUAUGAAGAAUUAGACACACCAGUUUCUUACAGACUAGCUUUGAGGACUUGGGCAAAUUGGAUUGAUUCCACAAUUGAUUCCAAUAAAACUCAGAUUUUUUUCACCACUAUGUCUCCUAGCCACGAAAGAAAUAAAGAUUGGGGCAACAUAAAUGGGAUCAUGUGCUACAAUGAGACAAGACCAGUAAUGAAGAGAGGCCACUGGGGAUUUGGUUCAAACAAAGAGAUGAUGAAAGUAGUGGCAAGUGUGAUCAAAAGGAUGAGAGUUCAUGUUACUGUCCUUAAUAUUACACAAUUAUCUGAGUACAGAAUUGAUGCGCAUUCAUCAAUUUAUGGUGAAUCAUAUGGCAAAUUGUUGACUGAUGAGCAGAAAGCUGACCCUUUGCAUUUUGCGGAUUGUAUACAUUGGUGCUUGCCCGGAGUUCCUGACACUUGGAAUCGAUUACUUUAUGCAUAUCUAUAGAAAAAGAAUAAAUUAUCAUAUUACAGUCAAACCUCUAUAUUACAGCUUUGUUUGUACCAAACAUUUUCUAAAUGUUAUAAUUAAAUGUUGCUAUAAAAGAUAA